UCCGGGUCCUCCGCCUGGGCCAUGACGUCACGGGGUCCAGGAAUGGCGGCGCUGUCUGCAGAGAGAAGCAGUUCAAAGAGCCAGAAACUUUAUUCCUAACAUCGCUCCGCGGCUACACGAGCUCCACCGCUCCACCGACGGCCAUAUCCUCCUCUUAAAGAGCCAACCCGACGGCGGUACCCAGUAUCGACGCUGUUGCAGCUGAAUUCUGACGUCCCAGGCUCUAUUAGUUUGCUUGACUUUGCGAGGGCCAAAAGACAAGAGCACAGACAGCGACUAACGGUACAUAAAACAACAACACGCGCCCCGAAAAACGCUCUUUCGGGUCUGUCCAUUUCAUAGAAGGAUCUUACUUGUGUUUUGCUAGUUUCUUGUCUUACACAUACACCGAAAGGCACGACACUGGCCUGAUAAGGUGAAGCCACCGCUGCGGGUUUGAUGCCACGAUGGAGAGUUUAAUACUGAGCGAUUUCGAGCAGAAAUAUUACUCUGAACUCUUCCUCUCGUGUGAUGUGGAUAACACCAAGAAAGUGGCCUCCAAUGGCAAAGUUCGGGACCUCUUUCGGGCGGCCCAGCUUUCAAACGAAGUGGUCCAUCAGAUUAUUGAACUUUGUGGGGCUACGCGCCUGGGUCAUUUCGGUCGGAGUCAGUUCUACAUUGCACUGAAGCUCAUUGCACUGGCCCAGUCUGGACUGCCCCUGCGCGUGGAGAGCCUGAACAGUGUCAGGGAUCUGCCCCUCCCUCGCUUUGUGAUGGGCAAGAACGAGCAGGAGACGAGGCACACAGUCAUGUACACAGACACUGAGAACCAGGGACCCUACCUCCCCAGACCUCCAGGCCGGGUGCAAGCCAAAAAAGUGUCAGCGCAUGAGAUGAUUCAGCCAUGUGUACCCACUGUAGAGCCACAGCCGGACACCACAUCUCCUGUAGUGUCACCGCACCAGUCCCCUCCCACUUCGCCCCAUGCCUGGAGGAAGCACAAACGCCAGGCUAGCGGUGGAAACGUGGACAGACAGCCCUCAGUGCCAGGAGUUGUUUGGCCACCUUUUAGAGAAGCACAGCCAGGACCAGUUACAGGUGAAGGGAUGUGGUCCGCCCAUUCACCCCCUCCUGUCCAGGAAAGUUGGCCGGACAGCACAACAGUACGAACUGUGCUAUCUGCAAUGAUCACAAAUGAAAUCCAAAGACAGACCAGCGGUUAUGAUGACCCCUGGAAAAUCACUGAUGAGCAAAGACAGUAUUACAUAAACCAGUUUAAGACCAUUCAGGCUGAUCUCACUGGUUUAAUCCCUGGAUCAGCCGCAAAGGAAUUCUUUACAAAGUCGAAACUGCCUAUUUUAGAACUGUCUCACAUUUGGGAACUAUCAGAUUUUGAUAAAGAUGGUGCACUGACCCUGGAUGAGUUCUGUGCUGCGUUUCAUCUUGUGGUCGCUAGGAAAAAUGGUUAUGACCUUCCUGAAAAGCUCCCUGAGAGCCUAAUGCCAAAGCUUAUUGACUUGGAUGACUCAGCAGGAGUUCCAGAACCUGCUCCUGAGGUGGGCUUUUCUGCUUCCCCUGUGGAGGUCACUCCAAAUAAGUCUCCUUCCAUGCCUUCCCUGAACCAGAACUGGCCUGAGCUCAAUCAAAGCAAUGAGCAGUGGGAGACUUUUAGCGAACGCUCCUCAAGCUCACAAACUCUGACCCAAUUUGAUUCUAACAUUGCACCAGCUGACCCUGAUACAGCAAUAGUCCACCCUGUGGCCAUUCGUAUGACACCCAGCAAGAUCCACAUGCAAGAGAUGGAGCUCAAGAGAACUGGAAGCGAUCACACACAUCCAACAAGUCCGUUAAUUGUGAAACCACCAGAACUUUCUGAUGAGACCAAGUUAGCAGCAACUAUUAAGUUUCCUGGUACCACUGUUGGAGAUGGCUAUAGCAGUUCAGAUUCAUUUACAUCUGAUCAAGAGCCCAUUUCCAGUGCUGUGAACAGACAAAGGUCUCACUCUGGCACCUCUCCGGAAGGACUGAAGGUUGUGGCUCCACCCCCGCCUCCACCCCGCCCCCACACCACUCACUCACGGUCCUCCUCUCUAGACAUGAACAGAAACUUUGCUGCUGUCCCUGCAGGUCCGCAGCAGCCGGGUGUAGUUGCCUUUCCCCCAGCAGUGCCUCCCAGACCACUGCCCACACAGACAUCAGUUCCUCAUGGUCACCGUUCGGUAGAGGGAGAUGGUCUUCCAGCACAUACCAGCACGUCACCCCAGCAGAUGCCAGAACAGCCCAACUUUGCUGACUUCAGCCAGUUCCAGGCUUUUGCUGUCGACCAGCCGGCAGAUGAUGGAGAGAAACCAUCUGACAGUGGACAGGCAGAAAGAUGUGCAGAAACCACCGGGACAAUGAGAACAGCAAAGACCGACAUUCAGUCAGAGGACCGAAAUGCAACCACUGUCAAUUCUGCCAAAGUAUCCACUCCAUUGGCCCCACCCCCUAAACCCGUACGUCGAAGACUGAAAUCCGAAGAUGAGCUCAGACCAGAUGUGGAGGACCUUCCGCAAAAGUCUAACGUCAUAGCCACUGUUCUAGCAACCCAGCCCUCAAUUCCACGGUCUAUCGGUAAAGAUAAGAAGGCUAUCCAGGCUUCUAUUAGAAGAAACAAAGAAACAAAUACGGUUUUAGCCAGACUCAACAGUGAAUUACAGCAGCAGUUGAAGGACCUGCUAGAAGAAAGAAUCUCGCUUGAAGUGCAACUGGAACAGCUUAGACCUUUUUCGCAUUUGUAAACCGUGUGUGUGUGUUCGCUUCAGAUUGAAUGUUUGUGUGUAUGAAAGUGUGAUUACCCCAGUUUUCUCUUGUUAUUUGUGUUUGAGUGGUCUGUUGGAUCCUCUGGCAGGAUGUCCAUUUCACCCGUCUCCACUCCUCUGCUUAUUGUGUGAGAAGAGACACAGUCGCUGCUUCCUCCAGACUGUUUCUGUCUUACACAGCCAUACAGAGGGAUGGGGUCCAGGAACAUUAUCCGUUAUGGCACUUUGAUGAAACAGAAAGUCUGAGUGGUUGUGUGUGUAAUACCCCAGAUUUUGCAGGUUAUGUUUAGCGUGUGAGGCAAGAGCCUGAUGUCAUGGCCGGCGGGAGGCUGUAAUUCUGGUAAACAUGAAGGAGCCGUUUCCCCUCCUGUUCUCCAGAGUCCUGAGGCAGCUUGUCAUGUUCUUCCAUGUUCGAGGCACCCCUGUGUGCUCAGACAAUCAUGUUAGGCCAUGCACUGGUCGUACAGAGGGGAGAACUGAUUUUUGGGAGAUCAUACUAUUUCAAAAGUACGAUUUAGAAAAUUGAUUCUGACAGGCACUUGUUAAAGGGACAGUUCACUCAAAACUUAAAAAAAAUAUAUAUAUUUUUUUCAACCUUAUGUUGUUAUUAACCCAUAUUACUUUAAAAAAAAAAUUUUUUUUUUUGAAGAAUAAUAUUGGUAUCUGGUCUUUUUAAAGUAAUGACAGUAUACAAGUAAGGGGGAUUUCAAGCUCAAAAGAUACUCCAAAAAUGUGUGCUAUAUUGAAAUGAUUUCAUUGUAAUUGUUGUAAGGAACAGACACAGAUUUUUAAUUUUUUUUUGUGUGUAGUGUUCUUCUGCUGCGACUGAAUCAUUGAGUGAAACUUGAGCACUGGAUCAGUUGAUGGUGAAUGAUUCAUUCUUUUUUUUUCUUUCUCUCUCUGGAUCAUCUGAAUCUUUGAAAAGUUACAAACUAAUCAAAUUAAUCUUGUUGACAACUCGGACUUCUCUUACAGAAAAAUGAAUUACAGAAUUCUUACAGAAAAUUAUGAAUAACAAUUUAAACUUCAGUCUGUUCCUCGUGUAAAAGCUGUUUUAUGGCUUUAAUAAUUAGAAAUAUAAUGCACAUUUUGUAUGGGGUUCUUUUUAUGCGCCUUUUGUUUGUUAGCCCUCAUUAUGUUAAAAAGAGUGAACAGGAUAUUCUCCAAAAACACUUUUUGUGUCACAUGAAAAAAAGAAAAAACUUACUGAGCAAAUUACAGAAUUGUUAAUUUUGAAUGAACUGCCUCUUUAAUUUUUCUUUCUCGCCAUACUGGUGGACAGCACAUCUGCACUGCUGUGCAUGGGAGUGUUUGAGGACAAUAGUUACUAUGGUAUGGCAUCAAAAACUGCUUUCUUUUUUUUUCUCUUAACACACUCUGGUGGUGUGUUAUUACAAAACGACCCAUUCAACCUUGUACAGUCUUUCACCCCGGGAUGGCAGGUGUCCCUCUCUCAGUCUCAAAUGUUGGCUGUACCUUAUACGGUACAUCAUCUGAUUCAGUCCUGCAUCAUAAACACUUGUGACAUCAUCGGUACGUGAACCUGAGACCUAAAACGGUGACUGCACUCUCUCCCCUUCGGCUUUCAUUUGUCUUAUCUCCUCACUAUUUUUGCAUGUCGUUCACAAUCUCAUUUUGUAUAAAAGGCUCUAAACGACGAACCACUCGAAUUGUAUCUGUAACGUCUGAACUAAUGUGACGUUUGUGUUGUUACAUAGACUUGCACCAUGUCUUUCAUUCGUCAGUUUGUUUUGACUGAUGUCCGUGUUUUUAUUCUGCUCCUCCUUAAAGCCUUACUUCCUGGUGUGCAGGUUUUCACAGUAAUGUAUCCCCCACGUGCUAAAUCAAGGUGAGCCUUUUCUCCCUGCUGUUCAGGCUGAUUUACUGUAUCAGGGGUAUGUUGUAUAUUGUAUGAUACACACCUUUUGAUCUCUCAUGUACAUUUGCAUUAAUUGCUGACUAACAGCAAAUAUUCUAUUUAAUUGCUUAUAUAAUGGCUGUGGGAUCAUAAAUGUCAAAAACUGCAUGGAUGUGUCUCUGCAGAAUGAACUAGCAGCUGUGUGAUUUUUACACAAAAUAAAAAUGGCACAAUAUUUUAA